AUGAAUAGGGAUAAUGGUAAGGUGAAUUCUAAUACUAUCAAGUGUGCGAUGAUGAGAGCAAAGAUUCGGAAGCCUCCUUUUCUUUAUAAUCUCAUCGGAACACAUGACCUUGAGUGGCCUUCCUUCACAAUCCAAUGGCUUCCGGAUCGCAAUGAACCGGUAAGUAAAAACUACUCAGUUCAAAAGAUCAUUUUGGGAAUCCACGACGACGAACAUGACCUCAAUUAUCUAAUGAUAGCUGAGGUCCAAAUUCCUUAUACGAAUUUGGACUCUGAUGACUUAAGCAACACCGAUCGUUUCAACAACAAUAGUAUUCACGUUGACAAUAUUUUUAAAAUUAUCAAAAAGAUCAAUCAUGAAGGAGAUGUUUACAUUGCUCGUUACAUGCCUCAAAAAGAUUCAAUCAUUGCAACUAAGUCAGAUGGUCAUGAGGUAUUUAUAUUUGAUACAAACAAAAAACCUUCUAAGGCUUCUAAUGGUCGUGCUCUCCCUGAAUUAAGAUUGUUUGGUCAUGAAACUGAUGGUUAUGGCUUGUCUUGGAGCAACUUCAAUAGUGGCCAUUUGCUUAGUGGUGAUUAUGUUGGUAAUAUUUGUAUUUGGGAUAUUAAUACCACUCCCAACAAUCUUACCCUCGAUCCAUUGCAAGUUUUUAAGGUUAAUGAAGGUGGUAUAUAUGACAUAGCAUGGAAUCCAAAAAAUGAAAAAUUAUUUGGAUCUGUUGGCGAAAAAAACUUGCGCUUAUGGGAUGUUAGGGCUCCAAUAAUGAACAAUCCAGUUCAAAAUUGUGUUGCUCAUUCAAAAAGAAUUAAUUGUUUAUCUUUUAAUCCCUUCAAAGAAUGGAGUGUUGUUACUGGUUCGAAUGAUAAAACAGUAAAACUAUGGGAUACAAGAAAGAUAGGUAAAAGUAAUGAUAUGUAUGAAUGUGUUCACACAAUUAAAGAAUUUGAUGAUGAUGUUUUAAAAGUUUAUUGGAAUCCAAAUAAUGAGAGACUAUUUGCUUCUGGAAGUCGUGAUAGGAGAGUGAUUGUUUGGGAUAUAAAUAAGAUUGGUGAAAAGGAAAAUGAUGGUUGUCCAGCGGAAAUGCUUUUUAUUCAUCAUGGUCAUUUUGAUGAAAUAUGUGACCUUUCUUGGAAUCCUUUUGAUGAUAUGAUGAUGGCCAGCGUAGAUGUUAGAAGUUCUAUUCAUUUUUGGAAGAUGCAUUUGGAGAUUUAUUAA